AUGGCAUUUAUCAAGCUCAGCAUCCUGAAGAUGUACGGCGAGAUCUUUGUAUCUCGACGCUUUCGCACUUUCCUUUGGAUUGUUGCGACAUUCAUGCUUCUCUGGACUAUCACUUGUUCUAUCACGACAAUCUUCCAGUGCACACCGAUUGAAUAUAAUUGGGACACAACGAUAACGAGUGGUCAUUGUAUCAAUUACGGUGCUUUUGUGUUGGCUGCUGGUGCUCUCAACAUAGUUACCGAUUUCACGCUUCUCCUGAUGCCGAUACCUUUGAUUUGGCGGCUGCACACAUCCAAGCAGAAAAAAUGGCAGAUAAUUUUAACUUUUGCUAUGGGCAGUAGUGCCUGUAUUGUGAGCAUUGUCAGGUUGGCUUACUCAGAGAAAGUUGGCACCACUGCCGAUGGUAGUUGGGACAAUAUUCCGGCCGGGCUAGCAUCUGCUGCUGAACUCAUGGUUGGCUUUUUAGCAGCUUCGAUGCCAACAUAUCGUCCUCUUUACCGUCGUCUGCGGCACGGUGAUUUUGAGGGCAGCAACGGUGCAAGCAACUCUGGUUACGAGUAUCGGUUCGAGCAUCCGAGAAAUACAGUGAAAAUCACCGGUGGGAAUGGGGGUGCGCCGCUUUCAGGCACGGGGAUCAACGUCACCAACCAGUUCGAGAUGAACAUCCAUCCGAAUCACCGUGAUAAGUGGGUGCGGGCUCCUGAUGAGACGGACGAUGAUCACAAUCCCCUGACGCCUAAGCAUGGCCAGGCCAAUACUUCAUACGGAAUAUCAGAAGGCAUGUAA